AUGUCAACAUGGCCUAUUGAUGCGAUCCACAACACUUUUUUUAUUUCAUUAGACUAUGGUUUAAUUGGUGCUGGUCUAUUACUGGACCCUACCGGAACUCAUCGCGCUGAAACAGUUGAUCAGAAUAAAUGGGCUUUUACGCGUUUUCCCUCUUCUACGGGAAUUGAAUUUGUUCCAACAAGAUAUAUAUGGAAGAUAUUACCAGGAGAUCCUAAUUACAAGUUUCUAAACGUUGAAAGUCUUUCUGGUGAAGCUACUUCGCUGGCGUCAAGUGCAAACGAUGCAAUCCGUACAGACGGGAUUUUUCACUAUAUUCCCCAUGAGGUUUUGUACCCUUUAAGCCGAGAAUCGCAUCUUACAACGGAAGCGGGCAAGGUGUUUGACCCAUCAGUCAUCAACACAUCGGCUAUUGGAGUCCUUCCUCCUACACCACAGAGUCGGUUUCUUCCUACGCGGUGUUUUUCUUUUAUACAAAAUCAGCAUGAUGAGGGCAAUCAUUUUCUCUACCUCUGCAAACCGUCUACUUGGAUGUUCCAGGCGACCCCGAAAUUACAGUCUGCCCUGGGUAUGGAAUCACAUCCCUUCCCUUUACAUGUUCCGGCUUUUCAUUUACACCCGUAUCCUUCAUGGAAAUUUCAGGAACCAAUCUUGCAGGUUAUGUUUGGGCCUCAAGCAUCUUCCCUUCUUUAUGUCCUAACAGCCACGGAAGUUGUUUUGUUCAAAAUCAGUUAUCACAUCCUUUUUUUGGAGCAAGAUGAUUCACCUGCUUUUAUUUCUGCAAUUCCCUUACGUUUUAUUUAUGCGAAGGAUGUUUAUGACUCCGAUGCCUUUGCCCAUAUGUCUUCGCACCCCUCUGAUCCUUCCCUUUUUGCUACCAUAUCCGUGUCAGGAAAUUGGAAAAUAUGGCAAAUACUAGAAGAUGGUUACCGUGAGUAUUUAUCAGGUACUUUUCAGGCCAAUUAUGAAGUUGCUUUAUCUAGUUCUACACUUGCUAGUAAAAGCAACGAUAAGGAUCAACGAAAGACAUCAACCUCUUCUGAAAGCAGGUAUAGAAUAAUUUGGGAAGGUAGCUCCUUUGGACUAUUGCUAGCAAAUGACAAAGCCGUUGUACAUUUCCUUCCAUCGAACCCUUCAGCUCCGCGUCUUUUGUAUAAAUGUGAAGAAAAUUCGCAUAUCUUGCAAGUCUCAUCGGAGGUGCUGCACGUAGCGUCCGAAUUCUUUAUCCUAACUACAGAUUCUGUCAUAUGGAUGGAUCUUCAGCAGCCCCUUCAAUCUUUGUUGGUUUGGAAACAUCAUCGUAGCCGUGAUCCUACUCUUCAAUUAAAAGUCUUCAACGCUUUUAUCGAUAGUAUUUAUGUGUCAGUGUUUUCAAGGUUAAAUGGAAUUAUUCAGGAAUUUCAUUUUUCCAGGGAUAGAACGCUUGCUGUUUCCUCUGGACCACCUUUUCUACUUUUGCAUGAUAUUCAGGUUCCUAUACAAUCAUUAGCUAUGCAACCAUGUUAUUUCAUUGAUUCUGAAGAGGAUCAAUCUACCCAAAGUUCGUACGUUGACUCACCUUUUUGGUCAGUAAUUGUACAUCGAUCUGAUGGUUCCCUGGCUAUAAACCUACUCUGUGAAAAAAGUUCUUCGGAAAUUUAUGAGUUAGAGGAAGUGAAUGAUUCGACACGAUUUUUGGCAUCUUUAAAGUACUUGAAUCUAAAUGAUGAGGAAAAAGUAGAGUUGGAUAACGUUGAAGAAGAAGCAGAAUUUUACAAAGCAUAUGUCGUCCAUCCUUCCAUCAAGAGGUUACAAAAUUGGCUAAUCUCUGAGGCAAAAGAUCCAAAAUUAAUUUCCUUAAAUGACUUAUCCACUUUAUUACAAAACGAUUUGCAAGUUAAUCGAACACUACCGAACGAAUUGAUAUUGACUUUGUCCGAUUUAUUGCAAAAUAAAAUACUGUCUACUCAAUUUGAGGGAUUGGAUGAUGUUGUGAAAUACAUUAAAGGUACUGUCAUUCCUGGGUACUUUCCAUAUAUCUCAAAUUUGAGACUCCCAAUGAACACCACUGACGGUUCGCAUGCCAAAGAACUCUCGAAGAAUCUAUCCAAAGUUUGGAUUACUCCACUAGCUUCAGAUGCGAAUUUUAAAUCAGUGGUUGAUUUACGACUUAAUGCUCUGCAUCACAUAACCAAUUAUGUUUUGAUAUCUUCAAUUGGAUUUGCUAAGCUGCUUCCUGGUUCCUCUGCAGAUGUAAGCCUUGAGUCUUUUCAAAAUGUUGAGCUGUCCUUCAUUUCACCUUUUCAAACCAAACAGCUUGUGAAACUACAUGAGGAUGCGAGUGAAAUACUAAAAGGAUGGACUUUAGGGAAAGUCAAUACUACGUACAACAUUGGUGAUUCAGCCGUUGAUAUAUCUGAGCCAGUAACCAGCCAAACUCUGGAGUUUAGUGAGCCUUCAUUGUCAUCGUUCGUUCUUCCUUCUAGUCAGAUUGCCACAGUACAAUCCGAAGAUGUUCUUCCUCCGUCACAGUCAUCAUCCUUUCCUGAAUUUUCAAGUCAGGCUACACCGGUUAUGUCUCAGGUCGUGACGGGCAAGUUUGGAGCGAGACAAAAAAAGAAGAAGAAAAGGAGUGGUUUUUAG